ACUCACAGAAAACAAUGCGUUCGAAUUUUAAAGACGUGGCGAGGCGCUGAGCUUCGUGUCCGGUGUGUGAGCCCCUUCAGUCUUUUGCCACUCAGUGGGCGUGACCGCAGUCGUAACGGUCGACGGUGACGUCACGUGCAUGCCCUCUAUUGCAGUUUGCCCGUAACUACUGUUAACAGUUAAGUUGAUACUCCUUAAUUGUUAGUAAUGCUGUCCCCAUUUAGGUAUUAAUUACUGUUAUGUUCUGUUACUAUUUAAUAUUAGUGAAAAAAGGGGAAAAGUAAUAUGUGUGUUGCCUACCAGGUGAGGGCGCUAACAGUAAAGACUCCCCUGGAGAGCGGAUGCGAAUACAAUUCAGUUGUUAUUGACAUACAUGAUGUGCAGACUCGUUUAUAACAAACAUGAUUAGUUUUCUGUCAGUGAAUAUAUCCAUCCAAACAGUUGCUAAAUAAAACCAGAAAUAGAGGGUAACGCGGGUAUGAUGUCAUUGAUAUGCGUCGCACAGACACAAAAUUUCUGGAUUUAAACAUUCUUGGAAACGUUUGGGAAAAUGUAAGUACACAAGUCAACAAAAUAUAUAACACUGUUCUAGAAGUUUUUGGGUAUUUUUAUUUACUUUAAGUAGUUUGUGUACCUUUGUGUACGAAUUAGCUCAAUGACAGCAGCACUCUAAUCAGGGACUAUUUUUAUGUUUUCAAAGUUACUCAUUGUACUGUAAAGUUUUCUCUCCAGUGAAUGACACAUGAUGUAAUCCAAUAAGGUUGUCUUUCUGUUUUGUGCACGUUCAUGAGUUUUGGAGGAGGCGUGGCUUUGGACAGUGAGUGGCAGGGAGGGUGGGAUCGUAUGCUUUCAAUGCUAGCAGGCUAAAAUGAGCAUUUCUCAGAUCACCUACUGCUCUUUUAAUGUUUAAACUGAACAUGAACUGAAACGCACUAAACUGAACCAUCCACUUUUUGACAUAGCAACAAUAACAGCAACACCUUUAGCACCGUAAACACCUAGUAAACACAAAGACAGUGCAGUUUGCAUCUCUACAAAAUUGUUUGGAUGAAUUUAUGAUAAAGUAACCAGCAUUUCUUAUGAACAAGGAUCAGUCAGGAGAAGUGUAGUGGACAUGUAUGAUAUUAGUUAACUAUAGGCAAUCCAAUUAUUUCUAGAAUAUUUUACUGGAUUAUACUUGGAAUAUCAUUUUUCUCAUUUAUAUAUCAAAGUUUUCUCUUCUUUAUUUCCAGUCCCUAUUAACAUUCUUUACUGGUUCAUUGAAAAUAAAAUGCAGAAAAUAUCCCAUACUGAAUUAUCUGUCAAUGUUUUUAAAGUCAGCAUGAAAUGGAAGUUGCAAUCAUCUGCUUCUCAAACACGAAAAAAUGUAGGGCGGGACUUGAUUUCGUCCAUUGUUUGGAUCUUGGAUCAUUAAAAGAAUAAGACGUGUACAUUUUUAUUUCAUGAUGACUUUAAAAUUAGGCAAAUGUAAAUAGAACUGUUUUGGUUACACAGCAUCUCAUGUAAAAUUUAAGAGUAAAAUUUAUAUCCAAAGAGCCUCUUGCUCCAUUGAUGGUAUUUAUAUAUGGUAUUUAUAGAUCAGGUGACUGGCUUAAAACAACCUGCCUGCUAAAUUUCCAAGCACCCAAGAGCAAAGAUAGCACAUUUCUAAUUCUGAGGACUCCUCCAUCAGUCAAAAUAGCUAACAAAAUAGCUUUAUGCAUGUAUUUAGACCUCAUUGGAAAGAGUAGAUAGUAAGAAAGUAGAUCUAGUUUGUGCUGGUGUUCAGUCAUUAUCCACAAGGAGGUGUCAAUGAGUUCAUUUGAACAAUGUCUUUCUGUUUCUUGGUUCUUUUCUCUUCAACAGUUGCAUGAAGGUUCAACCAACCUGGACAAGGCUCACACAACCUGAAACCACUACAAACACACUAGAUGAGGUUCGACACUGUCAACGACCAAAGAAGGCAAACCAAGAACAACCAAGAUACAGAGACAGACACAAAACCAACUAAAGAAAUACAAAGAAAUGCUGAGAGCCAACACAGGUGAAAAGCACUUAUGAUCCAAGGAGGGACGAUACAAGUUCAGAAAAGAGAAACAGAGAUGAUCAUCUGUAACCUUACUAUUUCUCUCCUGCUGCUAUCGCUUAGUGUCAGCGGCACCACAAACCAUGCCAACCAACAGAAACAGAAGGAUUUUGUCGGAUCAGUGUGUUACCCCUGCCGCAUCUGUUGCUUAUUUCCGCCAAAUCAACAUGUUGAAGGUACUGAGCUGCAUUGUAAUCCAGUGAUCAAAGUGCCACGAAACACAGUGUUUAAAGCUCGUGUUAUGACAGUGUUGAGGAUAAACUGUACUGUAAAUCUGCGUGGAUGUCACAGGAGCCCAAGAGUCUCAUGGUGCAAAAUCGAUGGAAAUGACUGCAAAGCUUUAAAUCACUCAGAUUACAUAAAAACUGAGUGGAAGAAUACAACAGAGCAUGAAGGGAUGGCUUUCCUGUUUUUCCUGAACAUCUCAAUGGAGGAUGCAGGUUUAUACCGAUGUAAAGAAAGCGAGACGUCUGUAGGCCAUGCUAUUAAUGUCACUGUGACAGAAAAUAAGGAGGAUGAGGUUUCACACAAUCAAAACAACACAAUAUUAGAUGUCCUGAAUACUGAUCAUCCAAAGGAUGAUCAGCAGUGGCUCUGGCCAUAUGUGUACAUCUGCACUGGAAUAGCAGGGCUGGUGUUCAUAAUUAUGACUGUAUCAUUACUUUUCAUCAGAUGCCAAGGGACAAAAUCCACAAGAAAAGAUAUGGCAAAUAAAAAUCAGUACAUGGAAACACAAAGCAGUGACCUGCCUCCUCCUCCUCCUCCUCCUGCUCAUCCCCAUCACAACACCCGUCCCCCCUCACACCAACCGACCUCUGCUUUAUAUCGUGUCUGUGAAACUCCACCUGUCAGAGGAGCACCAUCAGCUGGAAGAGUUUCAGUUGGUAGACACAACACUGUUGGCACAGAAAGAGGAGAAGAAGAGAAUGUUCUUGUAUAUGCUUCUUUGAAUCACCAGCCUAUGUCAAGAGGGCCGAGAAGAACAGCACGACAAGAACCAGAACCUUCAGAAUAUGCUGCAAUUCGGUUCCGGUGAUUCAAUUACUCAUUUACUUAUAGACACUUUAAAAAAAGAAUACUGAGAAAAUGGUCACUCAUUUGCUAUAUUAGGAAAUAAUUAUAAUGUAUGAGGACCAAGAAUGUGGGAUUUUGGACACCUCUAUUUCUGGAUUGUUUGAUGGCAACUGGCUGCUGGUAUUUUAAAGGUCUGGCACACAUUAACAGAACAGUAUUCUCACAUUAAAAAAAACAAUUUAACAGCUCCCUUAUCUGCCUUAAAACAAAAAAAAUUACUAAAUAAAUAAAUAUAUAUAAAUAAAAAUAUAUAUA